AUGCAAUAUUCACGAGAUUACAAACAAAAAUAUUCAAAUUUUAUACAAAAUUUAAAACCCAAGCAUACCAUUCCAAACCAGUUUUCAUUACCUGUGAAGCGUAGUAAUAUUCUUGAGGACUCCUUUAAUAAAAUUAUAAUUGUACGUGAUCCUGAGGUACUUAAGGCAAGAUUGUGGGACUUUGAUGGAGAGCGAGGCCUUGAUUACGGAGGUCUGUCAAGGGAGUGGUUUCACUUACUGUCUCGUGAAAUGUUCAAUCCUUAUUAUGGUCUGUUUGAGUACUCUGCCAGUGAUGAUUACACACUCCAGAUUAAUCCUGACUCUGGUAUUUAUAAUGAAACUCAUUUGGAUUUUAAAUUCAUUGGUCGAGUUUGUGGCAUGGCCAUUUACCACAAGAAACUUAUUGAUGGUAGCUUUCUUUAUUCGCCAUUUUACAAGAUGAUCCUCAAACGUCCCAUUACUCUCAAAGAUAUGGAAUCAGUCGAUGUUGAACUCUACAACAGUGUCCAAUAUAUAAUGGAUAAUGACCCUGAACCACUUUGUCUGACAUUUGCUGUUAACAAGACUGUCUUUGGAGAGUUGUUAGAAGAGGAACUAAAGCCUGGAGGACAAGAUAUUUCUGUGACAGAGGAGAACAAGAAAGAAUACAUUGAUUUAUUGAUAAAAUGGCGGUUUACAAAGAGAGUUGAAAAACAAAUGGAUGCCUUCCUUGAGGGUUUGUCGAGUAUUAUCCCCCUACGUCAGUUGAGAGUAUUUGACGAAAGAGAACUGGAAUAUCUAUUAGGUGGUCUGGCACAAAUUGAUGUCAAAGAUUGGAAAACUAACACGGAACUGAUAGGAUAUACACGAAAUGAUCGUGUUAUUAUUUGGUUCUGGAAGGCUGUUGAGAACUAUGAUGAUGAAAUGAGAGCGCGACUGCUACAGUUUGUGACAGGAACGUCCAAAGUCCCAAUGAAUGGAUUUGCUGAACUACAAGGAAGCAAUGGGCCCAAAAAAUUUUGCAUUAAAAAGACAGGUUUGAGUAACGAAUUACCUAUAGCUCAUACAUGUUUCAAUCGACUUGAUCUGCCUCCUUAUGAGAGUUAUCACAGACUUAAAGAGAACCUUCAACUGGCAGUCGAGAAUACAGAAGGAUUGAAGUUGAAUAAAGCAAAUAGAUUGUUAUCAAUUCAAUAUUUUAUUGUUGCACUUCCAAUUUUUGUUAUGUGA